CAGGGCGUGUGCGAGCCGAGCCGGGCCGGGACAGCACUGCCCGAGUCCCGGUCCCGGUCCCGGUCCCGAUCUCAGCAUGAUGUGAGCGCUCCCGCACCAUGUCCCGGCAGCGAGACCUGGACAAGCUGCUGUCGGACCUGCGGUCCUUCCUGCUCAUCCUGGACCGGGAAAGCCUCAGCGCCGCAGCUCGGGCCAAGAAAAAAUCGGUGUCCGACCUCCUGUCCCGGCUGCAGAGCCCGCCGUCAGAGGAUGCAGAGUACAUGAUCAUGCGCUGCCUCUCGCCCUCCCCGGGCACCCCGCAGGGCCGGACCAGCCCGGGAUCCAGGCCGGCGGAUGCAGCCGGAGGCAGAGCCUGCGAGUGCCGCCCGGGAAGCGCCCUGAGCCUGCACGGAGGGAAUAAAGUGCCGGGCGUUCCCCCGUCCCCCCCAGCCGACGACUCCUACGAAGACGCCGAACCCCCCGGCCGUGGCACAACCGGCGGGGGCGACAGCGACAGCAGCCACUACGAGUCGUACGGAGAGGAGGAGGAGGAUGAGGAGGAGGAGGAGGGGGUGACGGACCGUGCCCACUACCUGCGCUGGCCAUCGGCCACCAGCGCCGAGGCCGAGCCCCCCGGGCGCCCCGAGGCGCAGCUCUGCGGCUUCCUCUGGAGGAAGCGCUGGCUCGGCCAGUGGGCGAAGCAGCUCUUCAUCGUCCGGGAGCACGUGCUGUUGUGCUUCAGGUGCGCCGCUGACCUGCAGCCGGUGCUGGAGCUGGACCUGCGCGGCUGCCGCGUCACCUACAAGGACAAGCGAGGCAAGAAGAUGCCCCACGCCCUGAAGGUGACAGGGACGGCAGGAGAGGUGCUGGUUAUCGGCUUCCAGAGCCGGCAGCAGGCUGAGGACUGGAGGAAGGUGAUCGAGGAGGUCAGCAGCGAUGCCCCGAGCGGGCUGGCAGCCCUCAGUGUGCCAGCGUCCCCCUCCUCGAGGCUCAGCAGGCUCGGCAAGGAGGAAGAGGAGGAGGAAGAUCGCUCCUGGCAGAGCGCUGCCCGCAGCCCGCGGUCUGGAGAGGAUGCCAAAGGAGGGUUCCUGGCGGUGCGGCUGCGCGGGCGCUGGCAGCGGCUGUGGUGCGCGGUCCGGCACGGAGCCCUGCGCAUGUUCCCAGAGCCCGGCGCUGCCCAGCGCCCCGUCUGUGCCCUGCGCCUGGACGGCUGCGAGGUGUCCCCGGGGACGGCCGCCGGGUCCCCUCAAAACCUCCGGAUCUGCAUCGCCCAGCGCGGCCGGGAGCUCGCCCUGCUGCAGGCCCGCUCGGAUGAGGAGAGGGAAGCCUGGCUGAAGACCCUGCAGGCCAGGGGAGGAGUGGAGCCAAAGAAGGGUGACGGGCCCCCCCCCAGGCCCCCCAGGCCCCCCAGGCCGAGCAGCCGCCCUGCUGCCGGGGGGCUGCUGCUGCGCCGUGUUCCGACCCCCAACACCUACAUGGACGACCCCUUCGGGCAGCCCCCGCCAGCUGAGACCCCCAAACAUCUCUACUCGAACGCGGAGCGGCUGCAGCAGCUGCAGCAGAGCCUGGACCGGGCAGUGCAAGGGCAGCGCCGGAGACCCGUGUCUGCCCUGCCCACCUGUGCCAGCAGCCACGCCCCGGGCACUGCCCGACCCUCGCAGGCAGCACCACCGGCAGCUCUCCGGGGCAGGCCUGCCAGCGCACAGCUGGCAAAGGAGACCCCCAACCUCCAGAGCAGGGAUUUCUCCCGGUCUCAGCACACCCUGACACUGCCUGAGAGGAAGGGGACUCGGGAUGGGCUGGAUGUGCUCAUCGGGAAGAGAGCCUUUCCCAAGCUGGAGGAGAAGGUGGGGCAGCUGGAGAGGGCCUGCCGCGUGAAGGGCAGGCUGAAAGCCGGCUCCGAGAUGAACCUGCUGGCCCUCGGCAAGUCACUGAAGGGCCACAUCGCUGCCACCGCCAGCUCGGCUGGCUCCGAGGGAUCCUUCCUCAGGCCGCUGCUGAAGCGCACCACGUCAGCGAGGAGCGCCCUGAGGCCGCCCCCAUCCCCGGCCACCGUGGGGAAGGGAAAUGUGAUGCGGAAGACAAAGGAGUGGGAGAUGAAGUCUGCGAUGUGAGCACCCACCUGCCGGAGCAGGAGUCUCCCAGAGAACCUCGGGCUGCGCGUGGAUCGUGCAGGACCAGCCUGGAUUCAGCCUGGAAUUCGACUUUUAUCCAUCAGUAUCAACGCUACAACUACGCACAUCUAUUUUUUAUAUACAGAUAUAUCGAUACACACAUAUCAGCUCUCCACCCGCGGGUGUCCAGUCCCUCCCCGCUGCACCCCCACCCAUCCCAGCACCUGGUUUCUGGGGUACAGAAUUCCCAGGAGCUGCUGGAUCUGUCCCCAGCGUGGGCCCAGUCCAUCAGCAGCACCCCAGACCCCCUCCCAGGACCCCAAUUUACAGGGAUGGGUAUGGAUAGACCCCGGAUCCAGCAGUUGUGGGGGACACAGAUUUGGGAGGAAUCCGAUUGUCCAUUCCCUGGAGUCAGCGGGACCCGGGCUGGGCCCUGGGUGGUUUUCCAACAGCUAUGCUUGUCAGGGCUUGGUUUUAAUUGGAGAAAUGUUUUUUUUUUUAAGGUAUAAAACCCCAAAAAUGUCGUA